CUAUUUCUUCUCUUAUCCAAAUCUUAGCAUGGUAUCAGGGCAUUGAUCCGUCUUCAUUAUUUUUUUUUCCUCAAACAUUUCUGGUAAAACUAUGGCUUUAUCCGGCACUAAUAAUAUCACUCAUGUCUCUGGCAAAUCACUAGUUGCAAUCAAUGGUAUUCAACUUCCAUUAAAACUUUCAACCCAAAAUUACUCUACAUGGCGUGCUCAGAUUACUCCUCUUCUUCGAGGACAUAACCUAAUGGGUUAUGUCACUGGUACUAUUUCUCCUCUUCCUAGUCUCAUCGAAGAAGAAGGCAGAAGUAUCGCUAACCCAGACUAUGAGUUUUGGGAAUGUCAAGAUCAGUUAAUCCUCGCUGCUAUCAUUGCUUCGGUUUCUUUCUCAGUUAUGAACACCAUUGCAGAUGCUAAAACCUCAGCGGAGGCAUGGAAUAAACUUCAGGUAGCCUUUGCCAAUAAAUCGGCUACACGAAUUCUUUCUCUCCGAGAAAAACUCUCACGCACCAAGCGUGAUUCUCGCCCAGUUGCUGAGUAUCUUCAACUUGUCAAGUCAAUUGCGGAAGAACUCUCCUUAUGUGGCAGUCCUGUAAACGAUGUUGAUCUUGUUGUUCAUGUUUUGGGUGGAAUUGGCUCUGAAUUCCGUGAUAUUGCUGCGGCAAUCCAUGCCCGAGACUCUGUCAUCUCGUUUGAUGAACUCCAGGAUAAACUGCUUGCCCAUGAACUAUAUCUCAAGCAGAUUGACCACAACUUCGAUCCGACCCCUGUGACAUCAAAUCAUGUUCGCAAGGGAAAUUCUAGCAGGCCACCCUAUCAAUCAAGGCAAGGUAAUUAUAGUAAACCUUCCACUCAAUUUCAAUCCAAUGGUUUUCAGUUUUCAGAGAACUCUUCAAGCUUUGGCACUAAUGCAUCACGUCAUCAGUCCUCUGUGCCCUCAUCCCACCACCGAAAUUCCAGCACUCAACCAAAGGUGCAGUGUCAAUUUUGUGACAAAUAUGGUCACCAUGUCAAGAAGUGUUUUCGGGCUAGAGACUAUUUCAGAUCUAUUUUCACAAAGUCCACAGGCUCAUCACUCCACAACAAACUCGAACUCGGACUCCCAAUGGCUUCUUGAUACUGGGGCUUCUCAUCACAUAACCAAUGACUUGAGAAAUCUCUCUCUUCAUGCGCCAUAUGAUGGAAAUGAUGAGUUGCAUCUCACAGACGGUUCAGGAUCAAUUCACGGGGGAGAUUCUAGUCAAAGACCAAAUUGACCAUUCACUUUACAAGCUCAAAUCCUUACCA